AUGGAGAUAACAGUACAGUAGAUGACUCAACACUUUUAACAGUUAAUUCAUAAGCUAUAGAUUUGACAAGAAUAGUAUAGUAGUGGAACUGUUCGCCAGACAAUGGAAACUAGACUACACGGGAAAAAAGGACACUGGAUUUGAGAAUUGACUGAGAGCAGCCAUUUAAAUCUGUAAAUAUGAAUUUAGUGACUCUUCAGUGGCUGGUCUCUUGCCUUCUGCCUCAAGUUAAACGGCUAGAAAUAUGAGUGUAGUCGGGCUCCUUGGAGAAGGGCUUUCCCACGAGCCUUGACAUGAAAUAUCAGGAGAAACACUGCUGGCUCUGCCUGCUCAGCCUGAGCCUUCUUCUGUUGUUUUGCAUUGGACAUUUGAUCAUACGGGACCUUCUAACGCCUGUCAGGCAAAGCGACGGGCUCAGAGGCUACAUGAGGAUCGCCCCCGGCGGGAUGGAUCAGUUCCUGCACAUGCACUGCAGCCAGUGUGCCUUGGUCUCCAGCUCAGGUCAGAUGCUCGGAGCUGGUCUCGGAGAAGAGAUAGACAAAGUCGGAUGUGUGAUCCGGAUGAACAAUGCCCCCACACAGGGGUUUGAGAAAGACGUAGGAAACCGCACCAGUAUUCGGGUUGUGUCUCACACCAGCGUUCCCCUGUUGGUAAAAAAUGAGAGCUAUUAUUUCCAGAAAUCAGCCGGAACCAUAUAUGUGUUCUGGGGUCCUGAGAGGAAGAUGCGGCAAGACGGGAAUGGACAAACCUUCAAUACUCUACUGAAAAUAGCAAAGAAGUAUGCAAACGUCAGAAUCUACACUGUGACCAGAGAGAAGAUUCAGUACUGUGAUGGUGUGUUUCAGAAUGAAACUGGAAAAAACAGAAUGAAGACGGGGGCGUUUCUCAGUACUGGAUUCUUCACAAUGAUUCUGGCUAUAGAUAUGUGUGACAGCAUCCAUGUUUAUGGAAUGAUUGAUUAUAACUACUGCAGUCGAGCCAAUCACAGUGUUGUUCCCUACCAUUAUUACGAGACGAACCGAAUCAAUGAGUGCAGGAUGUACAAUGUCCACGAGCACACACGCCGCGGGGGUCAUCGUUUCAUCACUGAGAAGGCCAUCUACGCCAAAUGGGCAACACGGCACAAGAUGGAGUUUAAACACCCCUCCUGGAGCAUCUAAGGAAGAAGACAUCAUAACCCAGAAGUUCUCGUGAUGUUCCUAGACCCUACAGCGGUAUUCACUUGUAACGGCUUUUGAUCAUCUUUGUUGAGGAUUUAAGCGAUGUCUAAUCAGAGACUUUAUCAAUGACAUGGCAUUGUUACUCCUGGACCCUAGCUUUCAUUUGACUUUUUUUUACCAACUCAACCAUUUUUUUUAAGUAGAAAAAAAGUUCCAUUUGAUACAAGCUCAUCGUUGCUAAAAUAAUCUGCAGCCAUAAGUAUAAAAUACUGUUUUAGAUGUACCAGAUGUAUCAGCCUUCAACUGGUCACAGGUGGUAAACUACCACUUUCAGUAUUCCUAAACACUUACCAUUACGCAUAACCAAAUAUCAGUACACUGAUUCAAAAAUAUUAAGCAACUACACAAAGCAGUAAAACCAAAGCUUACAAUGUUUUAUUCUUUAUACCUUUAUGCCUUGACUUUCUGUUUGGUUCUGCACAAUGUUUUAUUUUAUGCUGCAAUCAGGCAUGCCGCUACAACAUGCACCUUUACUCCCUUAAACAGGAAGUGUGUCGUUUUAGGCUGAAACUAGUGAUUCAUUUCAAUAGCAAUUCAUUCAGUCAGCAAUUUACUCAAUUAAUUAAUUAUUAAUUUGAAUGUUUGUCUCAAUCGUCAUUGAAUUUACCAUCAUAGUAGACUAAGAAAACAAGCAAAUAAUCACAUUUGAAGGAAUGACUCAAACAAUUAAUCGACAACCAAAACAGUUGCUGAUUGACUUUCUGUCGAUAGACCUCAAUUAAUUAACUGACUUAUUGUUUCAGCCCAAAUAUACACCAGACAAACAAACGAACACACCGAGUCAUGCUGUUUCAGGCUGCUACUUUCUUCUUCAUAAACUGUUUAGUUUCAUUUUUGUAAGGUUUGAUAUUGAAGAUUUAUGCUAAUUUACGUUGGAGUUUGUUUUAAGGCCAUACAAUACCAGUUAGCACUUUAAACCAAUGUUUCUCAAAUGGGGGGAAAGUGUACUCCUAGGGGUACUUUGGAAUACUGCAGUGGGUACGUGACAUUUUUACUAAAAUGCUAAUUUAAAAAUAUGUCAGGGAGGGGGGUAAAGGAACCGGAUAAAGGAUAUGGGGGCGCUGGACUGAAAAAGGUUGACAACCACAGAUAUAUACCAACCACAGAGCAGACAGUAUUGAAAUGUAACUGCAGUGUGGUCUACUGUCCAGUAAUCUGUCUUCAGCACCACCGACAGCCACUGAUAUACAAUCAAUGGCCAACAAACAGUAUUAAAUACAAUGAGCAAGAAUUCAAACAGAUCAGUGGUUAGUGUGUAUUAUCUGUGUUUGAGGGG